AUGUCCAAGUACGGCGUCAUGGUCAUGGGCCCUGCUGGGGCCGGCAAGUCUACAUUUUGUGCCUCCCUCAUCACCCACCUAAACCUUAACCGCCGCUCCGCCUUCUACGUCAACCUCGACCCGGCCGCCGAAUCCUUCGAGCACGCCCCCGAUCUGGACAUCAAGGACCUUAUCUCUCUACACGAUGCCAUGGAGGAGGUCGGGCUCGGCCCUAACGGCGGUCUCAUCUACUGCUUCGAGUUCCUCAUGGAGAACCUCGAUUUCCUCACCGCGGCCCUCGACAGCUUAACCGAGGAGUACCUCAUCAUCUUUGACAUGCCUGGCCAGAUCGAGCUGUACACCCACAUCCCCAUCCUUCCGGCCCUCGCCCGCUUCCUCUCCCAGCCGGGCUCACUCGACAUCCGCCUCUGUGCCGCCUACCUUCUCGAGGCGACCUUCGUCGUCGACCGCGCCAAGUUCUUCGCCGGCACGCUCAGCGCUAUGAGCGCCAUGAUCAUGCUCGAGAUCCCCCACAUCAACAUCCUGUCCAAGAUGGACCUCGUCAAAGACCAGGUGCGCAAGAAGGACAUGAAGCGCUUCCUCACGCCUGACACGGGCCUCCUGGACGACGAUCCGGUGGCCACCGCGGCCGCGGGGGGCGAGCCGGACGACGGCCGCGGCGAAGUCCACGACCGCGACCUCGUCAUGCGUGGCAGGAGCUUCCAGCGGCUGAACAGGGCCGUCGCGGGCCUAAUCGAGAGUUUCAGCAUGGUCAACUAUCUGAAGCUGGACAACACAGACGAGGACAGCGUUGGCGCGGUGCUGAGCUACAUCGACGACAUUAUCCAGUACCAUGAGGCGCAGGAGCCCAAGGAGCUCAAAGACGACGAGUUUGACGAGCCCAGCGACGACUAG